AUGUCUCUUCCACUGCGAACCCUCGGCCGAAACGGCCCGCCCGUGUCCCCGGUCGGCCUCGGAUUCGGGAGCCUCGGUGGAUUCUACGGACCACCCGGGACCCGGGACGAGAAGCUGGCUCUCCUGGACCACGCGUACGCCGUCGGUCUGCGCUUCUGGGACCUGUCGGAUGUCUACGGCGACUCCGAGGAGCUUGUCGGCGAGUGGCUGAAGCGAUCGGGCAGACGCGAGGACGUCUUUCUGUGCACCAAGUUUUCGCUCCAACGCCAGGCCGAUGGGAGACACACGUUCCGCUCCGACCCCCAGCACGUAAAGGAAUCGUGCGACAAGAGCCUUGCCGCCCUGGGUGUUGCCGCAAUCGACCUCUACUACUGCCAUGCCGUGGACGGCGUCACGCCCAUUGAGCGGACCAUCGAGGCCAUGGUUGAUCUAAAGAACCAAGGCAAGAUUCGACAUGUCGGGCUAUCGGGAGUCUCGGCCGCCACGCUGCGAAGGGCGCAUGCCGUCCACCCGGUUGCCGCCCUGCAGUGGGAAUACAGCCUGUUCACGCUGGACAUUGAAUCGCCAGCAAACGAUAUUUUGAAGACUUGUCGCGAGCUGGGCGUUGCCCUGGUGGCCUUUAGCCCCGUUGGGCGCGGCGUUCUCACGGGCCGGUUCCGGUCGCACCGGGACAUUCCCGAGGGUGACUUGCGCCGUUUCUAUCCAAAGUAUGCAGAGGGCAACUUUGCCGAGAUCCUGAAGCUGGUCGGGGGCAUAGAAGACGUAGCCAAGGACCGUGGGGGAAGCACGCCGGCACAGGUGGCUCUUGCGUGGCUGCUGGCCCAGGGGCCGGACAUCAUCGCCAUCCCGGGCACCAAGUUGGCCUCUAGGAUGGACGAGAACGCAGGUGCUGCGCUGCUUCGGCUGGGCGACGAGGAGGUGCAGAGGCUUCGGGACCUGGCGGAGCGAGCGGAUAUCAAGGGCACUCGGUACCCUGCUGCGUAA